AUGAAUUUCUAUUUUAUUAACCCAGAAACGCCCGAAAUAAUUGAAAAUGGCAAAAUGAGUUCGUCAAGAGCGCCAAACAUAUUCAUUGCUUACCGCAAAGAAAUGAUGAAAAUUAAACCAGAUAAUAUGACAAUGCCGGAAUACAGCAAAAUGAUUGCAGAAUUGUGGAGACAGAUGCCAGAGGAAGAUAAGAUUAAUCGAAAAAGAGUAUAUCAAAUCUUUCGGGAUCAGAAAUUACCAAACGCAGUGGACAAACGUAUGAAUAAAAGUUCGGAGAUUGUUCCUUCGGUAUCUUUUCAUAUGGGCGAAAGUUUGGAAUCCUUUCCUUCGAUGCCAGAUUGUAAGUUCAAUCGGCAUCAAAUAUUACAAAACGCUGGUCCAAUUAACGAAAAUUCGGAUUCUAAUCUAACAGUUGAUCAAUUCAAUCAGUAUCAAACACCAAGCGAAAUGAACGUUGCGGGUCAAAUGAGACAAUUUUCAGACUCGGAAGUUUUGAUGGCAAUUUAUCAGUUUAAACAGGAUAAUCAUUAA